GGGGGGGCGGGGUCUAACAUGCAGGAUUUCCUGUCCUGUCACUUGAAAACAGCAGCACGGUCGAGGCUGUGUGAGAGCUUAACUUCGCAAGCUAAAUCAGGAGAAAUGUGAACACUACGUGCCGCGAACUGAACAAGGCUUGUAUUUAUGCGUGUUUACUUGCUGACCCGCCCAGCUCUCCGUGCGUUGAACAGGUAAAGGGCACCUGAGUUUAACUCGACCUGUUCAUGGCAAGCCAAGCGUGGCUGGAGUCUUCUCUGCGGCGCUCUGCCAGUCUGGGCCUGGAGGUGCUGGAGCGGGCCUCCAGGCGGAGUGUAGACUGGACAAGCACUGGAGCAUCCCAGAGCCCCACUGCUACAGACGAAGACUCACAAAUACCUGUCAAGAGAACACACACGGAGCCUGAUGAUGUCUUUGCAACCAUCGCAGAGCUCAUGGCACAGACGACUCAUCAGUGUAAGAGGUUUUAUGCGUCUGGCUGUUGCACUGAGCCCACUGACACUGAGAGAAGCCACGUGUCCAGGUUCCACUCACGGCCAGCUGCUGGGAUGACAACACCUGCACACUCGGCCAGGAAGCAUAGUCGUGUGUCAGCAGCGAGUGAAGAUUUCGUGAUCGAGGUUUCACCGGGGACGUACGCUAUCACUGCCAGCAUGCCGGAGUUGGAGCAGCAGACUCAGCUGGUCAGCGUCAAAGCUGGAGAGAGCAUCAACCUCACCUUCAAUCUCUGACCCCUCGCCUGACCGAGCCACUCGCUCUUAACAUAAAUACCAAAACUGACCAAUG